GGCCCUGAUCUGCUCCAUCUUCUAAGGAAAAGCAUAGGCGCGUCGCCGGCCGGAAAGACUGGUCCAUUUUGGACCUGGGCAGGAGAUUUAUUUCCUGCUCUGACACUCUUAUUUGAUAGAAGGCAAGCCCACGGGGCUGAUUGCGCGUGAGAGAGCCGAAAGAUGACGGAAACGCUGCGGCGGGGGUACCCGGGCAUGAAGUCCGUCAAAGACAUGCCCGUACUCCAAGAUGGUCCACCGCCCGGCGGCUUCCCAUCGAUCAGAUAUGCGCGAAGGAUCCCCUCGACAGGCCCCACUGGCUUCACCCUCUUUGCCGUGGGUGCUGCAGUGAUGGCAUUCGGCUUCUACAGAGUUGGCGAGUUCAACAGGUAUCGGAGGGCGUUGAAGGCGGAAAAGAUGACAAUGCGGACAGCUAUCUACCCAGUGCUCCAAGCAGAGGAGGACAGGAGGUGGGUACAGGCAAAGAAGCAAUCAGUUGAGAACGAGGCCAAGAUCAUGAAAGAUGUCCCUGGCUGGGAGGCGGGCCAGAGUGUGUACCUGACAGGCAGAUGGGUUCCCCCAGCGCAGCCAGUUGGCUUCUGGGGAGAAUGAGAGGAGAAUACAAAAGGGCAGUUGUUAUGUCUGCAAGACAACUUUAUCUAAUCAGUUCGGAUAUCAUGAUCCUGGGUGGCGUCCUAUCAUGUCAAGUGUAUGAGUAGCUGCUAUGUAUAUUUGAUGGCAUGCCAGACCACCGUUGUUGCCUGGUGCUCAUGGCUUUCAUACAAGAUGGCCCCAGGGCAUCAAUGGCGGUAAGUUAUAUCGAAGAAUUCCUGUAAUCCAGCUGAUUGAUGAUAUGGCGUCCUGUCAGAGUUUUAAGGGAAGUCU